AUUAUAGUUGCGCUUACUAAGAGAUAUUGUUUUUUUUAUUUAUAUGUUUGCUCACACUCUUGGGGACAUUCGGAGCUCUUGGUGUUCAUAGUUGUAUUGCCACAAAUUCAGUGAUUUUUCUUUAAAAUUGUAAGUCCGGCAAAAUCUUAGAUUUGUCCUUUGAUGCAAUCAAUUCUCAAGAGUUGACAUUACUUGAAACCUAUUAUUACAAAUAGUUUUGUCGUACUGAUCUUUAGCUUUUUUAUAUUCAUGUUAAUAUAUACGUUUUUCAUACGAUGUAUUUAAUAGGCAUUUAAUAAAAAGCAAAAACAAACGCACUGGAUGCAGAUACGCAAGAAAAUAGUUAUCAGUAAUAGUAACUAAUGUCGAUAAGUGCAACAAAUGAUAAAGUGAUAAGUGAUAAUUGAAGCUGAAACGUAGCAAAAAUUAUAAUAGAGAAACUUGGAAUUUCAAUAUUUAGGUGCUCGUAUUUUGUUUAAUGGUAGAAUAUUAUUGGUGCAUGUUAGAUGCAGUUAACACAACUGCCUUAUGUAUUCAAAAACUUGAUCGUAUUUCGUUGACGGAUCUUUAUACUAAUAUUGUGAUUACAUAUAAUUAGAGAGUUUAAAAUUAUGAGACGUCCAAAUAUGAAAUGGUUGUUUAAAACUGCUUGCUUACUCAUCAUUGCGGGCACAUUAUUCAUUUUUGCUAUGGGCUACUUGUCGGCUAGUUCGUAUACAAAUCGAUUACCGGAUCAAAGGCCAAACGCAAUGCCUUAUGUUGCACUGGAAGUGGAGAAACGAGAAAUGGAAGGACAACAACAACAACAGCAGCAACAACAUGUCAAGUUACAACUUUCUCCGCUUAACCAAUUAAAAAAGGAUUGGCAUGACCAUGCUGCGAUGAAAGCGGACGUUGAACGUGUGGGUUUCGGAGAACAAGGGAAACGAGCAGCAAAUAAUGAUGAGAGCACACGAGAAUUAGAGCGUAAAAUGUCGCUAGAGAAUGGUUUUAAUGCUUAUGUUUCUGAUAUGAUAUCUGUGAAUCGCUCAUUACCGGAUUUACGCUAUGAAGGUUGCCGAACUAAAGAGUAUUUAGUUAAAUUGCCCACAGUAAGCAUAGUGAUACCAUAUCACAACGAGCAUUUUAGUGUUUUGAUGCGUUCCGUGCACAGCUUGAUAAAUCGUUCGCCUCCCGAAUUACUUAAGGAGAUAAUAUUGAUUGAUGAUUUUAGUGAUCGAAAAUAUCUUUUUAAGCAAUUAGAUGAAUAUGUUGGAGAGAAUUUUCGCAAAGUGCAUAUUUUUCAUUUGCCACAACGUACCGGACUGAUAGGAGCACGAAUGGCUGGCGCUCGGAAGGCUAGUGGAGAUGUUUUAAUAUUUUUAGACUCUCAUGUGGAAGCCAAUUAUAAUUGGUUGCCGCCACUUUUAGAGCCGAUAGCCUUGAAUAAGCGAACUGCAGUAUGUCCUUUUAUUGAUGUGAUUGAUCAUAGCAAUUUCGAAUAUCGAGCACAAGAUGAAGGUGCGCGUGGUGCUUUCGACUGGGAAUUUUAUUAUAAACGUCUACCCUUGCUUCCGGAAGAUUUACUUGAUCGAACGAAGCCCUUUCGCAGUCCAAUUAUGGCUGGGGGCCUUUUUGCCAUAUCUAGAGAAUUUUUUUUCGAAUUAGGUGGUUACGACGAAGGUCUAGAUAUAUGGGGCGGAGAGCAAUAUGAAUUAAGUUUCAAAAUAUGGAUGUGUGGUGGUGAGCUGUUGGACGCUCCUUGCUCUCGUGUGGGUCACAUAUACCGUGGCCCUCGCAAUAGUCAACCAAGCCCUCGAAAAGGGGAUUAUCUACAUCGGAAUUAUAAGCGAGUUGCAGAAGUGUGGAUGGACGACUACAAACAAUUCUUGUAUGAACAUGGUCAAGGUAUAUAUGAGACUAUCGAUGCAGGUGAUCUGACUGAACAAAAGCGAAUACGGGAAAAAUUGCAUUGUAAAUCGUUUAAAUGGUUCAUGGAACAAAUUGCUUUUGAUUUGAUCAAAGUUUAUCCGCCGGUGGAACCAUCGGAUUAUGCGUAUGGGGCUAUACAGAGUAUUGGUGCACCGUCUCUCUGCGUAGAUACUCUGGGUAGAUCUCGUCACGCUCAAAUCGGUUUAUAUCGUUGUCAUGACGACAUUCGUCGACCACAACGCAAUCAAAACUGGGCACUUAGCUGGCAUAGAGAUUUGCGGCUUAGACGAAAAAAGGAUUGCUUAGAUGUACAGGAAAGAUUUAAAAAUGCUCCGGUUUGGUUAUGGGAUUGCCAUUUGCAAGGAGGUAAUCAAUUUUGGUCGUAUGAUCGUGAACAUAAUUGGCUUGUUCAUGGCGAAAACAAUGACAAUAGUAACAAACGGUGCUUAGAGGCCUCUCCAUCCGAUCGCAAAUUGUACGUUAACAUUUGCCGAGAAGGUAACCGCAAUAUGCAAUGGAAAUUCGGAGUUACGAACGCCACAGCCUUGAAUCAUUUUUGGGAUUUAGUCCCCAAACUUCGUUAAUUGACAUUUAAGAAUUUGAUCAUCUUAGCAAUGUACUUAAAAUUGUUCCACAAGAAAGAGAAAUGUGUCUUUGAGUAGACAUUCUUAAGCAAUAACUAAUAUUCCAGUCGAUAUAAUUAUAUAUAGUAAUCAUAAAUAAGUGUAACAUUCCACAUAAUUUCGUUCUAUUUGUAUAUAUAUAUAUAUAUUUGUAUUUAUUACACACACGCAUA